AUGAUCAUGUCACAUGUUCUUGCGGUGCUCUUCGGCCUUCAUUGCGUCACUGGCUACCGCCACGAGAUGCAUCUGAACCUUCGCCCCGAGGUGACCAGCAACGAAUCAAGUAAAUCGACUCAGCAUGGUGGCGCCAAUGGUGCUUCUGCCGGCUGUGCCAACGGUGGGAGCCCGUCCUACUGCUCAGGCAAAGACGGGUGGCACUGGUCCCAGAACGCAUGCUGCAAGGAGGGCGAGUAUGUCUCUUGUGAAGAUGGGUCGACGCACUCCACUUGUGAAGGUACGCUGGGGUGGGACAAGGGCCGAGGGUGGAAGUUUAUCGGCGAGGGCAAAUGCUGCACGACCAAGUGGGUGACUUGCGAGACGGGCUCCACAGCAAGCCAGUGCGAAGGCACCUGGGGUGGCGAAAAGCAGAGUGGUUGGAAGUUCGUUGGCAGCGGCAAGUGCUGCCUCGCAACCGACUCUCAGGUGUGGCUGACUUGCGAAACGGGGUCCUCAUCAACGGAGUGCGAAGGCUCCUGGGGAGGCGACAAGAGCAACAGUUUCAAGUACAUUGGCGAUGGAAAAUGUUGCACGCAAAACUGGAUGGCCUGCGAAGCAGGGUCGAAUGCGCAGCAGUGCGAAGGAAGCUGGGGGGCAGACAAGAAGAAUGGUUGGAAGUUCAUUGGAGGCAAGUGCUGCCUAUUCUCUCCUACAUCAAAGGUGAAUCUGCAGUGCCGUUCUGGGUACUCAGCAAGUCAGUGCAGCAAUGAUCGCGGCAAGCUCAUCAGCAGCGACAAGUGCUGCUGGAUGUCCUGGUGA